AUGCUGGGCAUACGGUCCGCCACCCGGUCUGACUUCCCGCUCUCCCCUGCCGACCUGGUCUUCGGUGCCCCACUGCGUCUGCCCGGGCAAUUCUUCGAUCCAGCCUGCCUCCAGCAGCCGGCCCCCGAUCCCCUCAACUUCGCCAUCCGCUUGCAGGCUUAUUGCACGGACUUACGGCCGCCUCCCACCCGCCCUUCGUCUCUACAAGUUUUUGUCCACCCUCAACUCGCCACAGCGACUCACGUUUUCUUGCGCCAUGACGCCACGCGUAACCCGCCGCAGCCCCCUUACGACGGCCCCUUCCUCGUCCACUCCCGCCAGGGCAAGACGUUAACCAUCCACCUGCCCAACCGUCUGGAGGUUGUUUCAGUCGACCGUGUCAAGCCCGCUUUCCUCCUUCCUGACGACCCGAGCGACCCUCCGUCGCCGCAUUCGCACUGCCUGAGCGCGCCUCCUCCUCGUUCUCCUGCCCGCCGCGUCAGCUGGGCGUCUGGUCCACCAUCGGUCCGCACUGUUCCGCGGCGACCUCUGGUUCAGCGGGGGGGGGGGGGGCUUGUAGCGGCCUCCGCCGACGAUGAAGAAGCGCGUGCUCCCGCCCACGCUCUCCACCCGGAGUUCAUUCCAUCCGCGGCCACCGGCCACUAA